GGGAGAACAACAUAGAUCCUAUGAUCUUAUCGUUUGGAGGACCUAAUUGAUUUUUAUUUUUGUUACAUCCAAAUUUCUGUUUGGCAAUACAUCAAGAUGAUCAACGGCUCAAUGUCGACACUUUAGAAAAGUCAACAAUAUUGACGGCAGGUAACUCGCCACGUCUGUGUGUAUAUACUGAUGAUUUGAGUGAUUGACGUUCCUGCUUCCUACUUUCCGGAUUACAUUUCCGGUCAACCAAUCACCUGCCGCAGAGGUAGAGCGAUCUUCUACAAAAACCCGUCCACAUUCAUCAGAAGCAUUUCCCAUUCAGCCAUUCUACAAUCCUAUUUGUUUCGUCUUCCUUGAGCGAGGAGAAGGUGCUGUUUUCUUUCUUUUUUGUCCUCAGUCAAUCAUAACCGGAUCCAUGGCGGCGAAAUCGUUCAAGUACGUGAUCGUCGGUGGCGGGGUUGCUGCUGGCUAUGCUGCUAGGGAGUUUGCCAAGCAGGGAGUUAAGCCUAGAGAGCUAGCAGUUAUUUCCAAAGAGUUGGUGGCUCCAUAUGAGCGCCCAGCCCUUAGCAAAGCUUACCUCUUUCCUGAAGGUGCUGCUAGACUCCCAGGCUUUCAUACAUGCGUUGGAAGUGGAGGGGAAAGAUUGCUCCCCGAGUGGUACGCAGAGAAAGGUAUUUCGUUGAUCCUGGGUACUGAAAUAGUGAAAGCAGAUCUCGCUUCAAAGACGCUUGUUAGUGCAGCUGGGGAAUCGUUUAAAUAUGGAGUACUGCUUAUUGCAACUGGUUCAACAGUUAUAAGGUUGUCAGAUUUUGGUGUGCAAGGUGCUGAUGCCAAAAACAUCUUGUACUUGAGAGACAUUGAUGAUGCUGAUAAGCUUGUGGAAGCAAUAAAUUCAAAGAAAAACGGAAAGGCUGUUAUUGUUGGUGGAGGGUACAUUGGACUUGAGCUUAGUGCUGUACUAAGAAUGAACAACAUCGAUGUCACUAUGGUAUACCCAGAACCAUGGUGCAUGCCCAGGCUCUUCACAGCUGAGAUUGCUGCUUUCUACGAAGAGUAUUAUAAGAACAAAGGAGUCAAAAUCAUCAAGGGUACUGUCGCAUCUGGAUUUGUUUCCCAUACUAAUGGGGAGGUGAAGGAAGUUAUACUGAAGGAUGGCCGAGUAUUGGAAGCUGACAUCGUCGUUGUUGGUGUUGGAGGAAGGCCUCUUACUACACUGUUCAAGGGGCAGAUUGAGGAGGAGAAAGGUGGAAUUAAGACUGAUGGGUUUUUCAAGACAAAUGUUCCUGAUGUAUAUGCUGUUGGUGAUGUUGCCACCUUCCCUCUGAAGUUGUACAAUGAACUCAGAAGAGUUGAACAUGUUGAUCAUGCUCGCAAAUCUGCAGAACAAGCUGUAAAGGCAAUAUAUGCAAGCCAACAAGGGACCAGCAUAGAUGCAUAUGACUACCUUCCCUACUUUUAUUCCCGCGCGUUUGAUUUGUCGUGGCAGUUCUAUGGUGACAAUGUGGGUGAAACAGUACUAUUCGGGGACAAUGACCCAAAAUCUACAAGCCACAAGUUUGGACAGUAUUGGAUCCAAAACGGGAAAGUUGUGGGUGCAUUCUUGGAGAGUGGGACUCCUGAAGAGAAUAAGGCUGUUUCCAAAGUGGCAAGGGAUCAGCCUUCUGUUCUAAGCUUGGAAGAAUUAGCAAGGGAAGGCCUAAACUUUGCUGCUAAGAUCUGAACUUUCCUUUACACUUAUCACAUGAUUACUAUUUUUGUUGAAAGAUUUCUAUAUGCUUAUCACAUGAUUACUGACAUUGUAAGUUUGAUAAUGUAAUUUGAAGUCCACAUAAGGUUUGCGCCACUCUUUAAUUUCUAUUUUAACCUCUUGUGAGUUGUGAGUUUUAUUGUUUCCUUC